AUGGAGGCACCUAUACUACUUAACCUCGAAAAAGUCCCAUUUUUGCCUAAACAAGUCCCAGCCCACGAUUCAAUACGCUGGAAUUCAGUGAUAAAACAUCAAGCAAAGCUGAAAAAUGACAAAGCAAUACUUACUACAUACGCCCAUAUGGAAGCUUUGGGCAUCUUGCCUAAUAGUACAACAUUGCCUCUGAUUUUCAAGGCUUGUGCGAAUUUGCAAACCCUUGAGAGAGGCAAGAAGAUACAAAAGGAUAUGAUGGGUUCCCCUUUGAUCAAUGACAUCCGGGUUGGGACUAGUCUUGUUGAUUUUUAUAGCAAAUGUGGCUGUCUGGAAGAUGCUUAUUACGUAUUCGAUGAAAUGCCAAAAAGGGAUGUCAUAGCCUGGAAUGCGAUGAUUUUGGGGUGCGUGCAGUGCAUGGAGUAUGAGGCAGCGUUAUUUCUGUUCAUGGAGAUGCAAGAGGAGAAUUUGAGGCCUAAUUCUAGGACGGUUGUUUCAUUGCUUAAGGCAUGUGGUGAGCUUUCAGAGCUGGGCCUUGGGAAAGGGAUCCACGGGUAUUCUUUGAGGAAUGGACUUAUGGAAAUGAGCAGUCAUGUGGGUAGUGCUUUAAUUAGUUUCUAUUCAAGAUUUGACAUGACAACUGCUAAUCAUGUUUUCAGAUCGUUGGGUUCAAGGAGCACUGUUAGUUGGAAUUCGAUGCUUUGUGGGUAUUUUGAUGCCGGUCAUUACUUGAAAACUGUAGAUCUUUUCCUCUGGAUGCUCAAGGGGGGGAAAGAAUAUGAUCAUGUUACUGUUCUAGUUAUUAUUCAGGCCUGUGCGGAACUGGGACUUAUUGAGUUGGGAAUCCAAGUCCAUCAACUUGUAAUAAAACAUGGCUUCAGUAAAGAUCUGCACACACUAAAUGCAUUGAUGAGGUUCUACAGCAGCAUGGGGUGCUUGAAAUGUUCAUUUGAUUUAUUUAUCUCUGUUCCUAACAAAGAUGUUGUGCUGUGGAAUUCUAUGAUUUCAGCAUGCAUUGAUAACAGCUUGAAUGAUGAAGCAAUUAAAAUGUUCACUGAGAUGCAAAUAGAAGGCAUUAGACCAAAUGACAGUUCUAUUGUUAGCAUGAUAAACUUAUUUGCAGGUUUGGAAAAAGGAUUCACAAAUGGAAAAAGCUUGCAUGCUUAUGCAAUUAAGUAUGGAAUGGAGGCCUUUACACUCUGUCGAAUUGCUUUGUUGAAUAUGUAUGGAGUUUUAAAUUGUGCUGAAGAUGCCUUGAACAUUUUCUCCGAGACAAAUGAUUCAGAUGUAGUUUCUUGGAACACUUUAAUUGCUGCAUUGGCUCAUAAUGGAUUAAGAAGCCAAGUAUUCUUAUUCUUUAGGCAGAUGCAGGAAUCAGAUGUCAAACCAAAUGGUCACACAGUAAUUUCCAUUCUUGCUGCUUGUGAUGAUGAUAGCUUUCUGAACACUGGAAGAUCUUUCCAUGGUUAUGUAGUAAAAAAUGGUCUGGAAGUAGAUGCAGCACUGAAUGCCGCACUGACUGAAAUGUACAUGAAUUGUGGUGAUGAGGCAAACUCUAAGUAUCUGUUUGAGGGCUUCAGAAACAAAGAUUUGAUCUCUUGGAAUGCCAUGAUUUCCAAUUACGUGAACAACAACCGACCUCAAAAAGCUUUGUUGCUUUUCCAUCGCAUGAUUUCGGAAGUUGAACCCAAUUUCUCAACAGUAGUAAGUGCUCUUUCUGCAUGUGCAUAUCUAGCAGAACUUUCUCAAGGCCUUUGUUUACAUGCCUACAUAACACGAAGGGAAUCAUUAAUGGGUUUUCAUUUGCCUGUGGCAAAUGCUUUAAUAACUAUGUAUGCAAGAUGCGGCUGCAUGAGAUAUGCUGAAUAUGUAUUUAGUUCCUUACAAAAAAGAAAUUCCAUUUCUUGGAAUGCAAUAAUAGCUGGCUAUGGCAUGCAUGGCCGAGGACAUGAUGCUGUUCUUGCCUUCUCACAAAUGUUAGAAGAAGGGUUCCUGCCCACAGAUUUUACAUUUGUUUCUGCUUUAUCAGCUUGCAGCCAUUCUGGUUUGAUAGAAAAAGGAUUGCAGCUUUACCACUCGAUGGUUCAGGACUUUUACAUAACCCCAAAACUUGUCCACUAUGCUUGUGCAGUGGAUCUAUUGUCACGAGGUGGGCGUUUAGAUGAAGCCAUGCAAUUAAUUAAGUCUAUGCCAAUUGCUCCUGAUGCAUCAGUGUGGCGAGCUCUGCUUGGUGCUUGUCGAGUUUAUUCUGAAACCAGAUAUGCCAAAAUCAUUUUUGAAAGGCUUGUUGAAUUGGAACCAACAAAUGCAGGUAAUUAUAUUUUACUUUCAAAUGUCUAUGCUGCUGCAGGCCAUUGGUCAGAGGUCAGAAAAUUGCGAAUACUACUUGAGAAAAACGGUUUGGUAAAACCUCCUGGAAAAAGUUGGAUCGUGGUUAAAAAUAAACUUCACCAGUUCACUGCUGGAGACAAGUCACAUCCCGAAAGUGACAAAAUCUAUCAAAAGUUGUCUUAUUUGGUGUCAUCAAUUAAAAGAAGGGGUUAUGUUCCAGAUGUUUGUUGGGUUCUCCAUGAUGAAGAACCUGAAGAAAAACUCAGAAGGCUACUAAGCCACAGUGAGAAGCUUGCUAUUGCUUUCGGAUUGAUGAAUGUUGGUGCUAGGUCACCAGUUUUGAUCACAAAAAACCUGAGGGUUUGUGGUGAUUGCCAUGAAUUUAGUAAGCAUGUAUCCAGAUUGGUUGGCAAAGAAAUAAUUCUGAGAGAUGGAAGUCGUUUCCAUCAUUUUAGGAAUGGUAUCUGUUCAUGCAAAGAUUAUUGGUGA